CCUUGAACUCUCCGUCAUAUUCGAUAUCUCACUAAAUCUCAGGUCCUCGUUACUUUGUUUCAGUUGUUCACCUUUAAAAAAUGGAAUUCUUGGCACCCAAAGCUCAGCCAUAUUUCUCAGUCACCGACGAGAAGAUGAAUAAGAAGGCAGAAGAACACGGUGAAACGAACAAGGUUGUCACCAGCCAGCUUCAGAUAAGAUCCUCAGCACGGUCGUCCCGUGCAGCGCUGGAGAAAGAGGUUGUUCUUAGGCGGAUCCGCAACCACAAGUGCAAAAACAGGGUCAGGAGCGCUUUUCAGGCUUUGGUUGGCGGCGAUGUCCAAGCUCAAGACAAGUGGAUGGAACUGGGGGAUGCUUUCACUUGCCCUUGAA